UGACCGGAUACGGAUGUGAUACAGCCGCUAGCUUCACAGAAAGCUGUUUCGGCUGAGCUGGCUGUAGGUUGGGGCUGUUUUGAGUCUGCUGGCAGUUCCCAUCGACGUCUUUCUCUACGUGGAAGCUGGUCGCUCUCGUCGGGGAGGUCUUUACACACCGAGCUGCUUUCCAGCGCUGAUCCGAUCAGAAUAUUACCGGAUCGGUUAAACUGACGCCAUGGACCCAGCCAGUCAAGAUAUCAACCUGAACUCUCCCAACAAAGGUCUCGAUAGGGAUCAUUCAGACAACCUGUCUGAUGUUCAGGAAGAAGGAGCGAUGGGGAACUCGGCUCACCCUCUUCCUCCCGGCCUGACGGAGGAAGAAGCCGAGGAGCUCCGCAUCGAACUAACCAAGGUGGAGGAGGAGAUCAACACCCUGCGCCAGGUUCUGUCCGCCAAAGAGAGACACUCCUCCGAGCUGAAGAGGAAACUUGGCCUCAAUCCGCUCAAUGAACUCAAGCAGAACAUCACCAAGAGCUGGCAAGAUGUACAGACCUCACAAGCCUAUGUGAGAACCACAGAGAAACUGGGCGAGUGGAAUGAAAGGGUUACCGGUUCAGAUCUAUAUCUGUCUGCCUCAGCCACUUUGGAUGACAUUGCCCACUCUGAAGCAUACAAGAAGACCCAGGAGACUCUUUCUGAGGCGGGACAUAAGACGACUGCAGCUCUCAGCACGCUGGGCACAGCCAUCAGCAGGAGGCUUGGCGACAUGAGAGCUCUGCCUUUCUCUAAUUCCUUUAGUAGCAACUAUUCCAUUCGCCACUCGAUAAGUAUGCCAGCCAUGAGAAACUCUCCAACCUUCAAGUCAUUUGAGGACAAAGUGGGGAACCUGAAGAAUAAGGUUGUCGGACCCAGAGGGAACGGAGAUGCCGUCAGCUCCCCCACUGACACCACCCCCACUCAGGAGAACCCACCGUUCUGAGUACACCACGCCGCCUCCUCCUCCCCCUCGCCACCAUCUUCCUCACGACCUCAGACUGUACCGUUACGGAGCCCGGACUUCUGACCCUUCAGCAACACCUUGCAUCUUGUCCUCUGAUCUGUAAACGCAGCACGAGGCAGACAGUCCCGUCGCUGCUGCUCCCUUCUUCCUCACUGAUAAACGUUUCUGUUUAAACCUGAAUAACUUGCCUCCUCCUGCAUCCUGGUAUUACUCCCAAUAAAACAACACUCCGCAACAUCAUUUUGAGCUGGAAAUCACUUUUUAAAAGAAAAAGCCUAGAAGAUGUUGAGUUUUUCCAACUUUAGUUUGAUAGCCAGCGUUUGUGAUGCUCACCGUGUCCUGAGCAUCAGGGUGGGUUUCGAUGCCAGUUAAAAACCUUCACUUUUCUUUCACUCACACUGUGAGCACAUGUUACUAUCACCUUCUCCACCACGGUUUCCUCUCCUCUCACUCUUGCAUCUAGUUGGCUUCACAGCUCUUUAAAUGCAGACUUUGCUUCGCAGUUUGAGGACAUUUUAGAUCUCAGCAUGUUUGUCUCACAACAAAAGAAACACCCCAAGUUUUAAAAUCUGCACCCAUUUUGUAUUAGAACUAUUUUACACUGCUUUGCAUAACGUUUUUACAUAAUUUUUAUCAAUAUGUAUUAAAUAUAUAUGACUAUAAUAAACGGUCAGUGGUAGUAAUCAGGGUUUGGAGGAUUGAAAACAGUCAGUGUGGAAAACGAACACUAAUGGGUCAGUUUUUCUCAGCCAGGAAGGAAGUUACACUAAUCAAACCAAAGCGACUCUAAAUAGUCCAAACUGGUUUUAAUUUGACAAACUUGGUCUUAUUUUCAGCAUUUUCUUCAUUAAAACCAACUAAUCUCUGCUUUCCAAGCCUGGUUUGACUGCCGUUUUGUGUGAGGCGGUGCUUUGUCGUGUACAUUACCUGGUGAAUGCCAACACCUCUGCUGGCCUUACUCUGCCUCACUUACUCAGAUUUAACUUAUAGAAGAAGGAAGCUUUGGGAUUUCCUUCCCUCUAUUCCUUUCGGUGUUGAUUAAAACCUCCUGAGGGCCACAAAAUGUCUCACGCUGACACUUUUGCCAACAACUAUCUGAAUGUACAAACGUUUGCUGCUGUUUACAUACUCAAAACUAAAUUCAUUGGCUGUGUGAUGCUAAACUGCAGAAAAUCACAUUUUCCAAACACGCUUGUGCCACCUCAGCCUGGGAAGUUGGAUAUUUUGGUCCUGAACAAGAAAAGAAGGAAGUUCUCCACUUGAUUUUGGUUUGCUCCAGCAGACAUUGUUUUAUUAGGAAAUAUUACGUUAUCUCACAUUAACUUCACCCUUCCCUAGUGCAGGGUGGUCUCCUGUUUCCUUGCUCUGCUUUGCUGCAGAAUUUCUCCAGCUGCAGGAGAAAUGCUUCAUUUAAGCCAUUAUAAGCGGGAACGUUCUCCAGAUCCCUCUAUAGCUCAGAGCAGGACUUUUAAAGCUCCAGAUCAAACAUGAAAAAUCUAACUUCUCAUCAAAUUGCUUUACUGUAUCUAUUGUUUCAUUUGUGUUUAUGUUCACGAUUUGUUGGUAGAUCAUAUAUCUUCCUGCUAAUUGGAAGAGUUUCCUACUUUUUCCAGAAUUUGUAUGGUUCUUAUGCCAACAUUUGAAUAUCUGUUACAGAAUUCCUCUUCAUCUCGCUAAGUUUUUCUUUUCCAAGAGGAAAUUCUUGUGCAUACUGAAAAAAUGUUCAUCUCAAGUCAUUUGUUUUUGGAUUAAUUCCAAAGAGAAAGAAGUGUGAUUUAUUUGCAAAAAUCUGGCCUUUCUCUUGAUUUAAACUGUUUAGAUGAACUUUUUCUGCAUUUUUGUUUUUUCUUUUGGAGAUGGCCAAACAAGAAUGAUGUACCUUUUUGUUUCGGGUGCCAAAGGAUGUGCAGCUCAUGAGAAGUUUGCACAGAGGGGAGUACUUGGAGUUUUAUUCACAUAGGUCUUGGCUUAGUCUCUGCUGGCGUAGAUCCUGGGAAGUGAUGAGAUUUGGGAAAUCAUGCUGAAAUAAUUAAAAGAUCUCUAGUUUUGUUGUAAAUGUGUGGAGAUCAAUAAAGCAUUCCUUUAAAUGAAAA